GAAAAAUGAAUUUGAUUAUUCAUUCUUCCACGCACCUAUUCCUACGCGAACUCUUCCGCUUGGAUCGCAAGAUGAACUGUUUCCAUCACUCUCUCCAUAUGAAAAUGUGCCCAUUAAGAGACCAAUUGAAUUUAGAGAAUUAAUAAAUAGAAAGAUGUCUAAUAAUCAAUCAUCACCAAGAGUCCAUGGACUACCUUCAGCACACAUGGAUCCAUUCUUCCAGCAGCAACUACAUCCUGGGAACCCCUUUGAGAGGUUUCCAAUACCAUAUAAUCAGGGUUUAACAUCCCCAUUUACAAACUUUCCCAAUACUUCGUAUGGGACACUAGUUCCCCAGAGACAGCCUAUAUCUUCCAACACAUUACCAGGUAUUGGUAACUUUACAGAUCCCCUAGUUUUUAUGCCGUAUUCCGGACAUUCUGGAUCGGCGCAUUCCAUAGACAGGAGGGAAAGACUACCAGAAUUUAAUUCUAUUGUUACAUCAUCAGUUGAUAAUACUAAUACAUCAAGAAAUUAUUCACAUCCAGACGAUGAUAAAGAUGUCCUUUCUAAUGGAGACAAUGUUUCAAAUUUUUAUAUUGGCACGAGGUCUAAUAAUGGAAUGUCUCAAGGUGGUAAACUGUUGCAGCAUGAGAGAACUCCUCCAAUUUCAUCUCCAAAUGUACCUCGAUCUGCCAUACCUCAAAAUCAAAGUCCAACAACAGCUCAACAAUCUUUUGCUACAUCGCAACAUUCCCAGGACUAUCACCAGACUCAUCUACAGAGAAUUACACCCAACAGCAGCAAUCAGCAAACCCAUCGUCGAGAAUCUAACAAUACCCAAAAUAUUUAUUCAAAUUCAAAUAUUCCAUCUGCACUGCCUAAUGUUGCAACUCCAAAAGAACACAGUUAUAACAAACGAAAUAUGGAAAUAAAUUCAACAAUGGACUUGUCACAGAAAGAUCAUUCCAGAGGAAAUAUGGCAAAACGUGGAAAAAACAAUGAAUGUGUUAAGACAAAAAAAUACUAUGGUGAAUUUUCAAAAGUGAAAAAUAUCAAACCUACAGUUUUGUUUUCUUUGCUAGGACGACUAGAAAUUGGGGACAACCACUCAAAUAAGUCGGAAGUUGAAACAUCGAACACUGCUGUUCAAACGGAUUCCAAAAUGGCAAAGAACCAAGAUGAAUCAAAGAUGUCUUCGAUCACAGAUACAUCACAGAGUUGCAUGGAGAUGGAGUCAGAUGAAGAUAAUCUUGAAACCUUUAAUAUCCUCACUGCUGCUGAUGUGGAUGAAUACCAAAAUUCUUUCGCAAAUAAAAACAAAAAGACACUACUCAAGUGUGAAAGAGCACACUCGGAUAUCAAUCGCAGGAAAAGACGGAACAUUUCUGGUAGAUCGAACAAUGUUGAAUUAUCGGAAAUUAAUCUUACCCCAGACAAGAUUAAAACUGAAGAAACAGAGUGUAAUGAAAAUGAUCAUUCCCUGAGCAAGACAUCUAAAGAUACAUCCCCAAAACAAACUCGGAAACCAGGAACGACAAAUCUGGAUCCUGGAUUGUUUCCCUCCUUGCCAAUAUCUGCCUUUAAAGGAAAAGAUAAAGAUGCUGAAAUGGAAAGAAUGGAGAUAAAUAUUAGAAUUGAUGAUUCUCAGUAUGUCACUGUUGGUGGUGAUGGUCCGAAACGCUGGCAGUGUAAUGUGUGUACCAAAUCUUAUACGACCAAGCAUAAUUUAGUAACCCAUGUUUUAGAUCAUAAUGGCAUUAAACCUCACCUGUGUAUGAUUUGUGGAAAAUAUUUCAAACAAUUAAGUCAUUUAAAUACACACAUGUUAACGCACGAUAACGUUAAACCUCACAUCUGUCCUGUUUGUGGGAAAGGUUUCACGCAAGUCAGUCAUUUAAAGCGUCAUCAAGCUGUUCACCUGGAUAGCAAGCCCCAUGUAUGCGAUAUCUGUAACCGUGGUUUCGCGUACCCAAGCGAACUUCGCUUACAUAAAGCUAAGCACAUUCCAGGUAAAGAUAAAUGUAUAGAUUGCGAUGAAGAUUUUGGAAGUCCUAAAUUACUUAAAGAACACAUGGUAACCCAUGACAACAGAGAAGAUCACGAAUGUCCGGAAUGUCAGCGUUUGUUCCGUUAUCCGAGUCAACUUAAAGAUCAUUUAACAUCGCAUUCUGGGUAUCGACCAUUCAUCUGUGCUGAGUGUGGGAUGGAUUUUAUUAAGGAACAUCAUUUAAAAGCUCACCAGUUUACCCAUACAGGAUUGCGACCGUAUAAAUGUCCAACAUGUGGUAGAACGUUUAAUCAGCGUGCGAACAUGGUGAGACAUCAACUGAUUCACAGUAACGACAGAUCGUAUAAGUGUGAACAGUGUAAUAAAACAUUUACCCAACCACAGACGUUAAAAGCUCAUUUAGUCGUACAUGCCGAGAAAAAACCCCAUCAAUGUAAAGUUUGUGGUAAAGAGUUUGGAAGGGUGCACAAUUUACAAGCCCAUAUGCACAUGCAUAGUGAUUCUAAACCAUUCCUCUGUUAUUGUGGUAGCUCCUUUACUCUCAAAGGAAAUCUGAAGAGACACAAGAAAAUAAAACAUGGUAUUGAUGAUUGUACAGAAACUAUGGAAGAAGAAGCAGUGUGGUUCUUGAGUACGAUGUCCAAUAGAGCUACGCAAAACACAACAACAACACCGUUAUCCUUAGAUACGUCACAGGAUUCCGACAGCUACGAUAAUUCUCAGUCAAGUCUGUUGUCACCGGAGAGCAAGGCGCAGAGAAAACAAAGGAAAUCUAUUCCAAGAAAGAUUCCACGAACCGAUGCCGAAUCUGGUGGUGAAGAAGGCGAAGUUGCAGCUAAGGAUGAUCAUAAUCAGCCAAAAUCUGAUAGAAAAUCACGAUUCUUCCGAGCUCUCAAUCAACCUGUUGGUAACACAAGUGGUAAAUUGAUGGCCAUGAAGAGAUCUUUUGCUGAAUUGGAAGAAGAUGCCGAAGAUGAGAUACAGAAAAAAAAAGUACACAGAAAGAGAUUCACUGAAGAUGUUGAUGAUGAUGAUGAUGAAGAUGAUGAAGAAGAGGAAGAUGAUGAUGGAGAAACUGACGAUGAUGAUGAUUGGACGCAGGAGGAAACAAACAAUCCUGGUAUCCAUGGAGUCAAAGUCAAAAAGAUAGCGACAAUGUUGGCUGACAAAUUUUCCCGAUCCAAACCCGUCAAGUUUAAAGAAUCUGCAUCCCGAUCUUAAAUGUUGUUUGAUAUUAUUUGAGAAAUCAUCCCAUUGACAAGCAUUUUCCUAAAGAUAUAUCAUUUACUCAGGGAAGUUUGGUGUUACAAAGGAUAAUGUCUCAAUUGCAGAAAAACUUCCUUUUUAUGCAGGGCACUCACAUGUGGGGGGGGGGGCAUAUGCCCAGAGGCAACACUUUUUU